AUGAAACUAUUUAUUAUUGCUACAUUAGUUUUACUUAUAUACAUAGCACUUGACAUUGUAUUCAAUUCCAAUAUGUGGGAAGCGAACACCACUUUGACACUAUAUUUGCAACAGCACUAAUUUCAUGGUGAGAAAGAAAUGUUCCUAGUUUUCUCUUAUUCCCUUUAUGUACUUCCGAGCAUAGCAGGAAUUGCCUUCCUGAUUUUGGAUAAUAAGUUGGGAGCAUUGUUAUAUGGAGGGAUGAUUCUAUUCUCAGUAGCGUCUAAUUCUCUGUUGAAAAAUAUCUAUCAUUAAGCAAGACCAUUCUUCAUUGUCGAAGAGAUUGAACCUUAUGAAUGCAACAAAGAAUUUGGUAAGCCUUCAGGUCAUGCUAUGACAUCAUCAGCUAUGUGUUUCUUGUUGCCCUCCAUUAUGUUCCCUGCAAUUUGGACAGAUUAACCUAACUGCAAGUAUCCAUUAUACUUAAGGUUAUUAGUUAUAUUUAUAAUCACCUUUUGGACCUUCAUGACUGGAUUCGCAAGGGUGUUUAUGGGAGUUCAUUCAUUUGCCCAAAUCAUCCUGGGUUGGGUUUACUAGGGAUAUGUCUCCAUCAUUUACAUGUAGUACUUGCAUGAUCGAAUAGCCAAUUAUCUAAAAGAAUGUUUAUAAGUGGGAUAACAGGGAGUUUCAAUCAAAGCAAUCAAUGUGAUUGGCUUAAUUGUGUUCUGUUGGACUUGCAUAUCGAUUCUAUUUUUGGAAUUAAACAACAAUAUAUUCAUAACCACAUCUGAAGCCAAUUUAUGGAUGAAGGCUGUGUAUGAGAAGUGUGAGAACCAAUCAACUUUGUACUCAAUCAACAGUCCUUCAGUUCUAUAAAAUAUUUGUUUCAGUAUGUGUCUGUAUAUUUGGUUUAUGCUAAGCUUUGUGUUUGGGAUCAAACUUAGUAAAGGAAUUUACUUAGAGAAUCAAUUCUCAUAGAAUUUUAAGUUGAUCUCCUUUUGGAAAAAGACAUAGAGAAUAGUUGUGCUGAUUGUUUUGGUCGCUCUUUUGAUUCCAUUCUAUGUGAUUAAAUUUGAAACAGUCUAUGCAUAAGCAUUUGGUUAGGUAAGUCACUCUAUUAUCUAGGUUGUUCCAGUUUCAAUAUUAGGGGGAUUAUUUAUAACUGUUGUGUACUAAAAACUAUUAAAUUAUUUAAAGAUUUCUGUGUCUGGAGACUUCUUAUAAAUAAUAACUAAUCAAUCAUCUGCAUCAGAUGGUCAAUCUGUAGAAAUGUAAGCCAUAAAAUCUUGA